UCAUAUCAUACAUUCAGUAACUUAGAUCAAUCACAUUUAAUAUCAGAUUAGGAUGACAGGAUUAGUACACUUUAUUUUUAUUAUUUUAUUUUAUUAUAAUACUUUCCUUUUCAUCAAUAAACUAUAUUCAGUUUCAUUGUAUUUAUACGCCUAUCUUGCUAUUUAUUUUUAUAUUACCAAACAUCACACCAGCGCUAAAGCCAGCGUUAAAGCUAGGUGUUAAUCGGUGUGGAAUGAGAGAAAAGAAAAGAGAAAAAACUAUACACAGCAUUAUCAGUCUAGAUAAGACACGUACUAUCUAAAAAAAA